CAUUGUGGACUAAAUUUGUUAGUGUAAAACUAAAUUUUACUAUCAUAAUGGAUAUUUCUGUGGAAAACAAUUUAACAUUGCAUAAUGUGCGGAAGGUCAGUGAUCAUUUUGAGGGAAUUCACAGGGUGGACGAGAUUUCCCAUCUUGAUCACAGGAGGAUCUCUAGAAGAACCAUGACAGGGACAAAGACUCCUGAGGUUGAUCCUGCGUUCAGAACCAUCUCCAAGAGCUCCACAGCCUUUAUUAUCUGGAGAGUUGAGAAUUUCAAACUGGUUCCAGUUCCUAAAGAUCAGUAUGGGUUGUUCUAUGAGGGUGAUUCGUACAUUGUUUACGCAGCUUCUGAAUAUGGGAAAUACAUUGUGCCCGGAAUGAAAAGCACUGAGAAGAAAGGCCGUUUGGAGAUGCAUAUCCACUUUUGGCUAGGCGCAACGACCUCGCAAGACGAGAGUGCUGUGGCGGCCUACAAGACUGUGGAGCUGGACGACCACCUCGGUGGGAUCUGCACUCAGCACAGGGAAGUGCAGGGACAGGAGUCAACACGUUUCCUGGCGUACUUUAGCAGCGGCAUCAGGACACUGAAAGGUGGUGUGCAGUCGGCUCUGAACCAUGUAAUAUCUCAGUUUGAGCCCCGGCUGUUCCGAGUGAAGGGCCGUCGCUACCCUGUCAUCAGACAAAUGCCAGCCAUCAAAUGGGAACACAUGAACAAAGGCGACGUCUUCAUCAUCGACACAAAAGAUGUUGUGUUCAUCUGGAUCGGCCGGUCUGCUAACAACAUGGAGAAACUUCAGGCUAUCAAGGUUGCAACACAGUUGAAAGACGAGCACAAUGCUGUGUCCAUCGUUUUUGUAGACGACGGCAAAGAGGAAAAGCUCCUAGAGUCUGAGAGAAUGUUACUUGGAGUCUAUUUGGACCUAAGCGCAUCGGCGCGUGCGUCACUGCGGGAGGCUACAGACGAUGACGGCAAAGUGGAGACUAAGGAACGGUCGGCCCUCAAGUUGUACAAGUGUUCUGAUGAGGACGGAACUUACAAAGUGGUUGAGGUGAAAACUGGUCCACUACUACAGACAGACCUCAACACUAAUGACUCGUUCAUAAUCGACAAUGGCGCUAACGGUAUCUGGGUGUGGAUCGGUCGUCACGCUUCAGCGAAGGAGCGAGUAGAAGCUAUGCGCAACGCACACGGUUUCAUCAUGAAGAAGAACUACCCGAGCUACACACACAUCAGCCGGGUCGUCGAGGGCGGAGAACCUACAGAGUUUAAGGCUCUGUUCCUCUCGUGGAAGGAGAAAGAGAUCAUAACCAACAUUAACAAUAUCAAUAAAAUGCCAGCAGUGAAGGCAAAGGUAGUGACGAUGCAAGAUGCCACUACGCUGCACGAGUCACCACGGCUAGCAGCUGAGUCGCAGUUGGUAGACGACGGCAGUGGUACCACUACGGUGUGGCGAGUCGUCCAAUCAGAGUUAGAGCUGGUGCCCAAGCCGUGUCACGGAACAUUCUACGCAGGCGACUGUUACCUGGUCAAGUACUCGUAUUUUGCACGAGGACAGGAACGGCAUAUCCUCUACUAUUGGCUGGGUCUCCACUCGAGUGUGACGGAGCAGACGGCCCUGGCACUACACACAGUGGCACAAGACGACGCUCUAGGCGGAGCCGCUGUACAGGUCAGAGUGGUGCAGAGCAAGGAACCGCCCCACUUCCUGGCGAUCUUCCACGGCAAGAUGGUGGUGAUGAGUGGCGACCAUCGUGACUGGUAUCCCGACAAUCUGCUGAUACAAGUGCGGGGCAACCAGGCACACAACACCCGCGCUACACAGGUGGUUCUGAAAGCAUCUUCACUCAACUCCAACGACGUGUUUGUUCUGAGGAAUGGAAGUUCUUGUUACGUCUGGUGCGGCAAAGGUUCAACCGGGGACGAGAGGGAGAUGGCUAAAAAAAUCGCCGGCUCAUUGACAAAAACAGAAUUUUCCGUUGUGUAUGAAGGUCAGGAAAAGACAGACUUUUGGACCGCGAUUGGAGGAAAGGAGUCGUACGCAGACUCUAAAAGGUUGGCUGAAACUGAGAAUACAAUCCCAGCAAGACUCUUCCACUGUUCCAAUGCUACUGGAGUCUUCAAAGUGGAAGAGAUGGUCAAUUUCACGCAGGUGGACCUUGUGCCGGACGACGUGAUGUUACUCGACACAUGGGACGCAAUCUUCCUGUGGAUCGGACAACACGCCAACCGGGAGGAGAAGAAACAAUCCAUCACCCUGGCGUUCAACUAUCUGCGCACAGACCCAGCAGGAAGAGAUCCAGACACUCCUAUUCUGCAGAUCAAACAAGGAUUUGAACCUCCAAACUUCACUGGGUUUUUCGGCGUUUGGGAUCCUGAUUUGUGGAAUGAAUACAAACCAUUUGCCGAACAACGGAAGGAGCUUGAAAGUCAAAAGCCGGUGCUUCAAGUUGAGUUGAAGAUUACAAACGGUGUACAAGAUUUUGAGGAGUAUGAAAAAUUUCCCAUUGAUGUCCUAAAAGAAAAAGACCCAGAGAAACUCCCGUUGAACGUGGAUGCCACAAGAAAAGAACUCCACCUCAGCCGUGAUGAUUUCUCCUCUACGUUUGGGAUGUCGUUUGAACAUUUCAACAGUUUACCAAAAUGGAGGCAGGACAAUUUGAAGAAGAAAGUAGGGGUGUUUUAAACACGUGUUAGUUGUAAAUAUGUUUGUUAUUUAUUGUUUAUUAUUAAUGUUCUAUGAAUUGUAAACCCUAUUAAACCUGUUCAUUGCAAUUUAUUUUUAUAGUUAAUGAAUGUAUAUUGUUUUAACAACUAUGUGAUGAUGUCGAUAUUUAUAAAUAAAUCUGGAUAAGUUUAAUA